AUGACCUCAUCAUCAGUGGUGAUAGCUUCAUCAUUAUCAAUACCAGCUACUCCGCCUACAUCAUCAAUUGAUCCAUUAAUAAUUCGUAAUAUCAUUGAUGAAGCAUUUCGCGUAAAGACGGAUAAGCAGGGUCGCGUCACCCCUUCGACAAAGCAAAUUGGCUAUGAUUUAUUUGUAAGCAGAUUUGAACCACAACUUCUGAUUGAUGCUUUUGCGGCAGUAAUUGAACAAUUUCCCAUUGUUGCAGCUGAAUGCCCAAAAUAUAAUAGCUGGUGGACACCAAGAUUUUACCAUUUGAUUUUUCUCAUUGCGCAGGCUUUUAUGAGCGUUUUAGCUUCGGAACGUGCUUCAAAUAAGACGAAAGAAAAAGACCGUAAGCAAGAUUCGUUUUCAAAUAUCUGCAUAAGUGUCACUGAUGAGCAGCGAUGCAGAAUUUUGAGGGAUGUGGUGUCACUCAAUUUCAGUUUUGAUUCCAAUUUUUGGAGCUUAGCAGAUUAUGUGUUAAAUUUCAACAAAUGUCCAAAGGAUGUAGUGACAAUUAUUUCUGAUGCUGCAUCGGCCGGAAAAGCAAGUUUUGCUGCUGUUGAUUACUGCAUUCGUAACAAAGUGCUCUCGCGUUAUUUGGAUGACCCAGCAAUUUUGUACUCUGCUGCUCUUUUGGGUCCUUUACGCGCUGGUACUGUUGAAUCAUUUGCUGCAAAGCGAGCUGAAGAAUUUCGACAGAAAUGUCGUGAGGUUCUGUUGCGGGUGGAGAAAUUAGUUAGUUCGCCGAACGAGUGGGAACAUGCAAUUGUUGAUUAUUUGGGGUCGGUAAAGCAAAACGAUUCAAACGGCAAAGUUGUAGCAUAUACAUACGUUGGAUUUCGUGAUUCUUUUUCAACCUUGAUGAGAGAUUUAAGGGGAUUACCACCGUCAGACGAUCGAAUUAAUAUUAAAUGGGCUCAUCAUUUGGUGAAAAAAUGUGCCGCGAAGUAUUACUGUGAAAAAACAUGGAAGAUUGAGAAUUUGCAUGAAGUAAUUUGGACAAUACUUGCACAGAGGCCAUCUAUGCGAAAAUUUGUCGUUCAGACACUCACCAAAGACUUUAAAGAUCCUCAGGGUGCUGAAAUGUGGCGAGUUUGCAAAAUACCGGCAGAUGCAAGAAAACAUAUGGCACAUAAAAGUAAAGAGGAACACUUGGAUCCGCGUACGCCAAAUCCACCAUAUUUGAGCAUACCAGAAUCAGUAAAACCAAUCGAAUUUGUACGACAUCCAUCGCAUUUGAAGCGAGUUGCUAAUCUGCUGGAAGAUUAUGCAAAUGAUAAUUAUCCACCAGUUGGCGUAGAUGCAGAGUGGUCUUCCUAUGUUUCUUAUAGCAAAGCAACUAUUCUACAGCUGGCUAUUCCAUGUCAUAUAUUUAUAAUAGACGUUGAUGAAAUCAAGGCUGAUAUACUCGUAAAUUUUUUUGAGAAAUUAUUCGUUGAAUGGAAGCUUUUAAAAAUAGGUUAUCAGUUUGAUGAAGAUCUUAUUCAAUUGCGAAGUGCAGUACAACAUUGUUCAGCUUUAUAUCAUCCAAAAAAUUUGAUAUGUAUUGGCAAAAUUGUUAAAUCGUUGAUGAAAGAGAGUGCUGAAAGGCCCGAUGUAAAUCUAAAUGGAGUUUUUCAUCCGGGAAAAGUACAGAGAAGUGAGGAAUGUACAGAAGGAGUAAGAACUGAUAUUGUAUCUACUGAAAUGGAUGGUAGCGCAUGGAGUCACGUAGCAGAUUGUAAAGAGGAUGUGAAAACAAGGCUGAAUUAUGUUUCAAUUGAUAUACCCCAAUCGAAACCAAAGGAAGACGAACAAGACAUGAAAGAUGUUGAAGAAAAUCCAUUAUUAAAGGAAAUCAGAGGUUUAUCAGCAUUAUGUGAACGGGUGUUAGGUAAACCACUAGACAAAACAGAGCAGUGUUCUGUUUGGGAUCGACGUCCACUUCGAGACUUGCAGUUGCGAUAUGCAGCAUUAGAUGCGUACUGUAUGUUAAUGUUAUAUGAGAAAUGCGUUGAUUGGGCUUCUCGACUUGAUCUCAGUAUAAGGGAAAUUUGCUCAAAGCAAGAACCUUUGACUGGAACUCUACCACUUUUUUGUGAUAAACAGUAA